AUAUCCAGUUGUACAUCGUUUCACCAGUUAUAAGAGCAUCGUUAAUGCCGCGGGCCGGACAACAUCUGGGUCCCGGCCCGCGGCCCCGCGCGCUGGAGAUGACGAAGUUGCGGCCCAGGCCGGUCCCGAGGACUCAGUCGCGGCCCAGGGACCAUCCCGGGAUCCGGCUUGCGUGGCGUUGCAUCGUGACGGGCCGCACGCGAUGAGUCCCAGCCCGGUUUUGGAUGCCUUUCGGGCCGGGCCGCAAGUCCCCAACAAUUUCGUUUUCUUUAUUGCCUAUAUAUACUCCAUUUUUGCAUCUUUUUUCCACACUUUCUCAAUUUCAAUCCUCUUACAUUACAAUAUUUUCGGCUUCUAUGAAUUGGUUUAACAGCGAUCAACGACAAAUGGACGAAUUUGUCAACGCCAACAACUGGUACGUCCCGCCGUCGCCGGGCCCUAAUGCAACGCCUACGCCUACCAACAUGGAAAUAACAUCGUUAGUGCUAGAGUACGAAAUCAGUGAUAUAGAGCCCGCUGUACAUCCAAUUGUACAUCUUCGUCAUCUUCUUCCUACUUCACAUUGCUCAACCAAUUCACCACAUACACACACACACACACUCGCACACAGUCGAAUCCACCGAAAUUCGAAAUCAAUGCUAUCUCUGAAACUCCCCCCACCGCCGCCGCCCUCAAUCUCCUCCUUCAAUUCCAAACCCUUCCCCCUCCAAAUCCCCAAUUUCCCCUCAAUCUCAAUUUUCCCCAAAAAAUCCCGCCCAAUUAGAACCCUAAUUCACGCGCAGAACAACGGCGACAACAAGAGCAAGGAGCUGCCAAAGGAGAAAUCCAGCGAAGAGAAUGCGAAGAACGGGCGGCCGCGGCUGAAUCUGAGGUGGAAGGACCUCCUGCUGGAUCCUGAUCCGGACAACAUCGUGGCCGUGGGAUUGACGGGGCUGCUGACGUGGGCGAGCGUGCAGGUGCUGUGGCAGCUGGUCGUGAUAUCGGCGGCGAUCGUGCUCGCCGCUCUCAAAUACACCAUCGUUGCUGCUCUGCUCGUCUUCAUCCUCAUCACGCUUCUCUGAUUUUUAUUUUUAUUUGGUUUUGCACAGAUUGUUUCGGAUUGUGAUGUAUUUUAACGAAAUGAAUGAACUCUGGGAUGAGAUUUAUCAGA